CACCAUAUUCACCAACACAACAACAACAACAACAACAAAAACAACAAACAAACAAACAAACCGCUUUUGGUUUUUAUUCAUCAAUCUUGGAUAAUAACAAAAUUGGAUAUCUCGAAAGAAAGUUGGAAUCUUUUUGGUAUUUCUUCAAACCUUAGUCACAUUCCAAGAAAAUUAAACCAUACCAACUUCGAAUUUCUUAUCUUUUUUCGAUUUCUUGAAAAAAAUAAUCUUUUUUUUUUUGUUUUGUUUUUUCAAUCCCAUUAUCCAAGAUUUAUUGUUAUUGGGAUUAUUAUGAAGUCAUCUCAUUUGGAUAAUAUACCAUCAACACCUGGUAAAUUUAAGAUGGAUAAACCUAAUUACAAUAAUAAUAAUAGGUUAAGAUGGCAUUAUUCAUAUCUUGCAAAGCUUACAUUUUGGUCAUUUAUUUUCUUAGGUUUAAUCUUUAUUUUUUUCUUUAAAUCACCAACAUCACCAAGCCCAAUACCAAAUUCAUCAAACCCAUCUUCAGAUCUUUCUAGAAGGUCUUUAAAAACCAGAUCUUGGGGUGGACCCGAAUGGGAAAAACGGGUCAAAUCAUCAUCCAAGAUCCGAUCAAAAACUGGGUUUUCUGUAUUAGUAACAGGGGCAGCCGGGUUUGUCGGAACCCAUGUCAGCGCCGCCUUGAAACGCCGUGGGGAUGGUGUGUUAGGGUUAGAUAAUUUUAAUGAUUAUUAUGAUCCAACUCUUAAAAGGGCUAGGCAGGCUUUGUUAGAAAGAAGUGGGAUUUACAUUGUGGAAGGAGACAUAAACGACGCCGUUUUGUUAACGAAAUUAUUCGAGGUAGUUCAUUUUACUCAUGUUAUGCAUUUAGCUGCUCAGGCUGGUGUUAGAUAUGCAAUGGAAAAUCCGAAAUCUUAUAUCCAUAGUAAUAUUGCUGGUUUUGUUAAUUUGCUUGAAGUUUGUAAAAAUGUUAAUCCACAACCUGCUAUAGUUUGGGCAUCGUCUAGUUCGGUUUAUGGAUUGAAUACUAAAGUACCUUUUUCUGAAAAAGACCGAACGGACCAGCCUGCUAGUUUGUAUGCUGCAACCAAAAAAGCCGGUGAAGAAAUUGCACAUACUUAUAAUCAUAUAUAUGGUUUGUCAUUAACUGGUUUAAGGUUCUUUACUGUUUAUGGACCAUGGGGUAGACCAGAUAUGGCUUAUUUUUUCUUUACUAAGGACAUCUUGAAAGGAAAAACGAUUCCUAUUUUUGAGUCGGCUAAUCAUGGAACGGUUGCUCGUGAUUUUACGUAUAUUGAUGAUAUAGUAAAGGGUUGUUUAGGUGCUCUAGAUACUGCUGAAAAGAGUACAGGAAGUGGUGGGAAGAAAAAAGGGGCUGCACAAUUGAGGGUUAUUAAUUUGGGGAAUACUUCACCUGUUCCUGUUUCAAAUCUUGUUAGUAUUUUGGAGAAGUUAUUGAAAGUGAAAGCGAAGAGACGUGUGAUGAAGUUGCCUAGAAAUGGUGAUGUACCGUUUACUCAUGCUAAUAUUAGUUUUGCCCAAAGGGAGUUUGGGUAUAAGCCGACAACAGAUCUUCAAACGGGGUUGAAGAAGUUUGUUAGAUGGUAUGUGAGUUAUUAUGGUUCGGGUAAGAAGAGUGAUCAUUGAGAAACGCUACCACUACACGAGUGAUUACAAAAGUGGUAAAUUUGUUCUUGAAUUGCUAUUCGUUUUGAUAUAUUCACAUGAUUGUUUUGUUACAUCUUGUACUUUUGAGAACAAAUUGUCUUGUUUUCUACUGGCGUAAAAGAGGGAUCACACGGUGAACAAGAUUUUGUUUCGGUUUUAUUUUAAAGUUUGUGGUUCGAUGGGGCGUUUGAUUUGUACCAAAAGAAUUUUAAGAACUUUAUGUUCUUAUUAACUCAUGGUUAUGUAAUUUGUUGUAGCAUUAUUACUGUAGGAUUCAUGACUGAUAGAGCAAAUUUGCUUUGAUUGGUGGACUUGUAUCAUUUUAUGGAAUUUUAAUAAAUAGAACACAGUAGUUUGAAUGUUA